AUGGCAACCGAGGGGGAUCCCUCAAAUUUGGUCAAAGCGCUACACCUCCUUGUGCUCUCCUUCUCUUGGGGCAUGCAGAUCUGGGUCUCCUUCAUUGCAGGUUUUGCUUUGGUGUGGCAGGUGACUCGACACACUUUCGGCCUGGUGCAGAGUAAACUCUUCCCAGUUUAUUUCUACUGCUUGCUGGGAAGCCAUUUUGUCAGUCUGGCUAUUUAUGCUGUGUAUCAUCCAAGAGAGCUACUGGACACACAUGAAACAGUGCAGAUGAUUCUGUAUUUUGUGGCCUUGAUGAUGGCUGGUCUGAAUGCUCAGUGGUUUGGUCCAGCAGCCACUGAGAUUAUGUUCCUGAUGAGGGAGGUGGAAAAGGAGCAUGGUCUUGGUAAUCAAGUUGGACUAAGCGCUGAAAAGCAAGGCUAUUCCAAACUCAAAGAGCAAGACCCUAAGUAUAGAGCCUACAAGAAAACUUUCGGCCGCUACCACGGGUUAUCCAACCUCUGCAACCUGAUAGGCGUAAUCUGCACUACAACUAAUUUGAUCUACACUGCUCUAAAUCUAUCUACAAUUUAG